UACGAAACGAUUUUCGAAAUGUUUUCUAAUCUAAAGCGUCGGAAAAUUUUAGAGAGGUUUUCAGAAUGUGAAUGGGAUUUAGCAGUAGAAUCCAUGACGCCUUCAACAUCAAACGUCACAGGACUCGGUGAAUGUGGUUCGCGAAAACUACAUACACCUGGUUAUGCGUUUUGUCUGCCGAACUUGGAACGACUGGCACCAGAUUUCCGAAAUUUUCUCGAGAGAGACCUUAUUGAGACGUCGAUGCAAAAGAGAUUGGAAGCUUCAAAACACUUGAAUUGGUGGCAUCAGUAUGGACAGAAGCUCUAUCCUCUUUCAACAACUGGAGAUGGUAAUUGUCUUCUCCAUGCAGCGUCUUUAGGUAUGUGGGGUUUACAUGACCGACAACUUACGCUUCGUGAAGCUCUUUAUGAGAUGUUGAAACGCGGAUCGAGACGUACUGCUCUCUGGCGCCGCUGGAAAUGGGCGGAACAUCACGCAAAUCAGGCAAGUGGUCUUAGUUUGACAUUAUCGGAUGAAGAAUGGAUGCAGGAAUGGAAUGGUAUUGUGGCGUUAGCAUCGCCAAUUCCGAGGAGAACGGAUGACUCAAGUUCCGAUUCGACCGAUCAGAUCUACGAAAGUUUAGAAGCUGUUCAUGUUUUUGCGCUUUCUCAUGUCCUUAAAAGACCAAUCAUUGUGGUUUCAGACACGGUGUUGCGAAAUGCGAAAGGAGAAGAGUUAUCACCGAUAUCCUUUGGUGGAAUAUACUUGCCGCUGGAAUGUCCUUCAGAGCAAUGUCAUAGAUCACCGUUGGUGCUGUGCUACGACUCAGCCCACUUCUCGCCUCUUGUUCCAAUGCGACAUGAUUCAUCACAAAUGCAAAUCAUUCCCAUCACCGAUUUCAAUAGGAAUUUACUACCCGUGCACUUCGUAAUUGAUCCAGGUCCAGAUUUUAGCUGGUGGAGCGACGAAGAGGACGCAUCAAUGGCGGCGCGAUUGACGAUGACGGAUGGCGAUAAGUUGGUGUUGUUGAGCGAAUAUAUGGAUUUGGUGAAAAUGGAUGUACGGCGUGGUAGCGUGAAGAGAACGCGACCGAUUCGUUCACCGCAAAUGACGACCAGUCUGGAGAAAAGUAUGACCCUCGCUAGUAGUGUUGUAGUGCCUGGUUCAUCAGGUGUUGCUGGUUGUUCGCAAGAGAAGAAACGUAUUUUCAACGAGAUCACACAGCAGUUUUUACGCACAUUUCGUCUUUCUAACGGAAAAAACAAGGAGAGUGGCGUAGAUGCCCGAAUGUGUGCAAUGGAUUUGUCUCGAACAAGUUGUGUGAUAGCUUCGCGUUUGGUGUCUUCAUCACACGAAUACAUGGAGGAAAUGGUUCAGGAGUACAUGAGGAGCGCAAGAGAGAGAUUUCUAACCCCAUCAGAUGGGCGAAAACGCAUAAGCCGAUCAUUCAGUGCGUCAUCGUUGAUGAUUACAUGCAUAAACCAGUACUGUGGCAAGCCGGCUUCACAAACGAACAAUUUUCUAUGCCACGAGUGCUUCGAGCAUCAAAAGGAACAAAUGGCGUCAUUCAACUGCGAGAACCCGCAUCUGUUGAACAGCACGAUGCCGUCUAUAGCGACAUCGUUGCGAUGUGUACUAGGUAUAACAAAAGAAGGAAUGAGUACAAUGACGAGGUGA